AUGUCCAACCUUACUAUUAUGGAAGACUUUAUCCUCAUGGGAUUCUCUGACAUCGAAGAACUUCAAAUCUUAUAUGCUAUAUUAUUCUUGUUGAUUUACAUGACUGCUCUGAUGGGAAAUAUUCUUAUCAUCACUCUUACCUCUAUUGACCAGCACCUUUCUACUCCCAUGUACUUCUUUCUGAAGCACCUCUCUGUUUUAGACUCGUGUUUUAUCUCAGUUACUGUACCCAAAUCAAUCAUUAAUUCAGUAACACACACCAGGUCCAUCUCAUUCCUAGGAUGUGCCACACAACUGUUCUUAGUCCUUUACCUGGCUUUUUCAGAAUUAGUCUUACUCACAGUGAUGGCCUAUGACCGUUAUGUGGCUAUUUGUCAUCCCUUACACUAUGAAGUCAUCAUGAACAAGAAGUUCUGUGUGCACCUAGUGGUGUCUUCUUGGCUUAGUGGUGGCAUAGGUGGAGGAAUGUAUACUUCCAGCACCUUUUCAUUAACUUUCUGUGGCAUUCUCAUACAGCAAUUUUUCUGUGAUGUUCCAUCCUUAAUGAAGAUAUCAUGCAUAGGUACACAUCUUGUUAAAACUAUCACAACUGCUCUAAUUUUUUUUCUGGCAUUGGGGUGUUUUAUUUCUAUCAUAAUUUCAUACACUUGCAUAUUUAUUGCUGUAUUGAGAAUCCCAUCAAUACAGGGAAGAUCUAAAGUCUUCUUAACAUGCCUGCCUCAUUUACUUGUUACGACCUUAUUUUUUUCAACUGGCAGUACACCGUAUUUGAUUCCCAAACCAGAUAACCCAUCAAUUCAGGAUCUCUUACUAUCUGUGCUCUACACCGUGGUGCCUCCAACUCUGAAUCCCAUUAUAUACAGCUUGAGAAAUAAAGAUAUCAAAUAUGCUCUAAGAAAGAUUAUUCUUGGCAAAAAUUCUUUAUGUUUUAAUACUCAUAUGUAA